UAACAACACCAAUUGUCUCAGAAGAGUGUUAUGAGAAUUAAGGUUUGUAAAGGGCUUUGGGAUCCUGAGAUGCCAGGUGCUAAAGAGAAUCAAGAAUUAAGUGAUCAUUUAAAAAUGACAACCUCAUGGAGUGACAGACUCCAGAAUGCAGCAGAUCUUCCUGCGAACAUGGAUAGGCAUGCUCUGAAAAAGUACCGUCGGGAAGCCUAUCACCGGGUCUUUGUGAACAGAAGUUUAGCAAUGGAAAAGAUAAAGUGCUUUGGUUUUGAUAUGGAUUACACACUUGCUGUGUAUAAGUCCCCUGAGUAUGAAUCUCUUGGAUUUGACCUGACCGUAGAAAGAUUGGUUUCCAUUGGAUACCCUCAGGAGCUGCUCAGUUUUGUCUAUGAUCCUUCUUUCCCUACCAGAGGCCUGGUGUUUGAUACACUUUAUGGAAACCUGUUGAAAGUCGAUGCCUAUGGGAACCUCCUAGUGUGUACACAUGGCUUUAACUUUGUGAGAGGGCCAGAAACUCGGGAGCAGUACCCAAAUAAAUUUAUUCAAAGGGAUGACACAGAGAGAUUUUACAUUCUGAACACGCUGUUCAAUCUACCAGAAACCUACCUGUUGGCUUGCCUAGUAGAUUUCUUUACCAACUGUGACAGGUAUUCUAGCUGUGAAACGGGGUUUAAAGAUGGAGACCUCUUUAUGUCCUUCAGGAGUAUGUUCCAGGAUGUCAGAGAUGCUGUUGACUGGGUUCAUUACCAGGGAACCCUCAAAGAAAAGACACUUGAGAAUCUGGAGAAGUAUGUGGUGAAAGAUGGGAAAAUGCCAUUAUUGCUCAGCCGCAUGAAUGAGGUUGGAAAGGUGUUUCUUGCCACAAACAGUGACUAUAAAUACACAGAUAAAAUUAUGACAUAUUUGUUCGAUUUUUCACAUGGACCAAAGCCUGGAAGCUCUCAUCAACCCUGGCAGUCCUACUUUGAUCUAAUCCUCGUGGAUGCACGAAAACCCCUCUUUUUUGGAGAAGGCACAGUAUUGCGUCAAGUGGACACUGUUACUGGCAAGUUGAAGAUUGGUACCUACACAGGGCCUCUGCAGCAUGGCAUCGUCUAUUCUGGCGGUUCCUCAGAUACAAUCUGUGACCUGCUGGGGGCUAAGGGCAAAGACAUUUUGUACAUUGGAGACCACAUCUUUGGAGACAUCCUAAAGUCCAAGAAACGUCAGGGUUGGAGGACCUUCCUGGUGAUUCCCGAACUAGCCCAGGAGCUGCAUGUCUGGACUGACAAAAGCUCCCUUUUUGAAGAGCUGCAGAGUCUGGACAUUUUCUUGGCGGAGCUGUACAAGCAUUUGGACAGUAGCAGCAACGAACGGCCUGACAUCAGUUCCAUCCAGAGACGUAUUAAGAAAGUGACUCACGACAUGGACAUGUGCUACGGGAUGAUGGGAAGCCUGUUCCGUAGCGGCUCACGACAGACCCUCUUUGCCAGCCAGGUGAUGCGUUAUGCAGAUCUCUAUGCAGCAUCUUUCAUCAACCUCCUGUACUAUCCGUUCAGCUACCUCUUCAGAGCCGCCCACGUACUGAUGCCACAUGAAUCGACGGUGGAGCACAUUCAUGUUGACAUUAAUGAAAAGGAGUCACCUCUGGCUACACGCAACCGCACCUCAGUGGAUUUCAAAGAUUCCGACUACAAACGGCAUCAACUGACCCGGUCAGUCAGUGAGAUUAAACCACCUAACCUCUUCCCCCAGACUCCUCAGGAAAUCACACAUUGCCAUGAUGAGGAUGAUGAUGAAGAAGAAGAGGAAGAGGAGGAGGAAGAGGAAUAGGAAGGAAAAAUGGAAGCCUCUCUGAAGACAAAACAUGAUUAUGGCAGUGAUAAGCGGGAGUGGAUUCCCAUUUUCGGUUCCAGGGGGAAUGAAUGUGAUUCUUUCAAAGGCACAUUUUGAAAGUUUCCAAAAACUUUUUAAAAUUAACUAAUCAGAAGGAGCCCCUUGUUUUUAAUUUUGCGAAUCUGCUCUUUGCAGACGGUUCAAAAUGCCAAUGGAUUCUGCACUACGGGAGAUUCUAACAGUGUAUUCAGACUGGACUGCACACAAGUGUUGUCUAUAAUGACUCCCCUGUUACAUAUUAGGGAUGCUGCAUGAUUUUUCUCUUUUUCUUCCCAUUGGUGCAAUUCAUUUGGUUUUCAUUGAACGGUGUCUUAUGAACGGUUUGGAAUUUGUACAGUCUCCACAGAGAAGGAAGGAUGCAAUGUGCCCUGUAGCAGACAAAAAGGUCUGACAAGAAUCCUCCUACUGCGAGUUGUGCCACUGUUCUUAACUCUCAGCUUUUUGGGAUACAAAUUCUCCCCCUACCAAAUACUGUAUUGUAUCCAGGGAAACGUUAUGGCUUCCAGCAUUGAAUUUACCCUCUGCUAAGCACAAGUUUCCCCUUAUAAGCGGUUUAAUGUUCUACAUUAACUCUGGCAAUAUCUGAUUUCAGUGGGAUUUCGGUACUUACUAGCAUUCAGUAGUUUUGAGUUUGUCAGAAAGUCUGUUGUCCUCCCCUUGGUGGAUAAAGACUUAAUUCUUUCAUCAUUGGCAUGUAAUGCAUGAUUUCUGUUACAUUUAUAAAACAAGUGACUCUUGUGCCAUGCUCUCAUCUAUCCCCCCUCCUCAAAUCCCCCUAUAUUUUCAACCAGUAUUAUUAGCAAAGGAGCUUGAAAUUGUAUCUUUACAUUGUAUGUUAGUUAUUUUUUUCCCCUAAUUUCUGUUAUCUUUUUCUCUGCUCUGCUUUAAGAAAGGAAAGGAAAGCAUCAAAGUAUCCCAAAGAUAGAAAAGCCAAACAGCAUCUGGAGUGGAAGUGUGUGCUUGGGCCACCCGUCCUAGCCUCAACUUGGCCCAAACUAUAGAAUCAUAGGACUGGAAUGGACCUUCAGAGGUCAUCUAGUCCAGUCCCCUGCACUCAUGGCAGGACUAAGUAUUAUCUAAACCAUCCCUGACAG